UCUAUUUGGGGCUUUGGUCAAGGCUGUCUCGCAUCAGACCACCACUGGUUCCCCAUUAACUCCCGGCAAUCUGUUUGUCGAGACUUCCGCAGUGGUCACGCCUCAUAUCACCGUCUCCAAAUCACCCCAGGAGCAAAUCUAUGGGCUCGGCCUCGUCCUCACCACCCUUCCUGGGACUCUUGGCGCCAUCGGUACCAACGGGGGAGAUCUUGGCAGCAAUACCCCUGUUGCGGCACGAUUUGCAAACGGCAAUCGAGUUUGGUAUCACAAUGGCAGCAUGGCUGGAGGUUUCUCAUCCGUGCACGUGUUACCCGAUGAAGAAAUUGCCAUCGUGGUUCUGAGCAACACACUGGCUCUAACGGACGUCGCAGACUUUGUUGGGCAGAUGCUCAUUGAAGCUGUCUCGGGCGAACCUAAUCCCAACGACUAUGUCUCGCCUGCAAAGCAGGCAGCCGAGACACACCUCAAAAGGUACCCGGAAAUGCGUGCUUUGAUGGCCAAGGAUCAGAAGCAAGGCACUCCAUGCAGGCCUCUUGAACAGUAUGUCGGUCGGUAGUAGAACCGUAUCGGAACGCUGUUCAUUGAUAUCUCUACCAACAGUUCCAGCUUGUCCAUGAAUUUUCAAGGCAUAAAGCCAGUCACCCUGGACCUAGCACACUACGAGGACGAUGUCUUUGCCCGCCCCAAUGUUGAGCGGGAGGAUGACCUGAAGGCCUGCAUGUUCCCAAGUUAGAAGCCGGCUAAGCAGAAAAUUACAUUUCUAGCUAAUGAGGCUGGCGGCAUUGAUCGUCUGACCUGGCAGCAUGACUCCUACCUGAGCGAGGGAGAAGUGUUCUUAAAGGAUGUGGCCGAGUCUGCUGGGGAUGGUGCCAUCCAAAAGCCACCGCUCUGAUGGUAGAAGAUACAAAGAUACAAGUAGGACGUGCUUAGGGAGCACGAAAUAACGUAUUGCUUUACAGGGAUGAAUUUGAA